UUAAAACUUAGCUAAAUUCUGCAAGCUUUGUUUCUCGGCUCACUAUUAUGAAUCGGUUUAUAACUGUUUGUGCUAUUUGCGCAUAUCAAUCUUUUAAAUUUGAAUUUUUGAGAGUUGCAUUUUCCAAGUCGAGGUUUUUUCUCAGCAUAGUUUAACAUUCAGUUCCGACUAUUAAAUGCCACUUUUCUGAAUUUUAGGCAUUCCGUGUCCUAAAGCAAAUAAGAGAGUCUCCGUCAACAUGGAAAUAGCUUAUAAAAAAAGUACCUAUCGAAAUUUCCAUUCUUACUUCAUUUUUUGAUAUUUUUGGGACUUCUAUAUACAAUUUUCAAUAUCCCUUUCCCCCGUAAAGUACAUGAAUUAUAAUCGCGAUCGUAGCUUCGAAUAGCCAUACGAUUUUUUUCAUAGAAUCGCCCAUAUAUAGACGUCGGACUGAGUUUAAGGGAUGAGCCGCCAGAUGUUUAUAGGCAUGUAUUGUAGAGUAUAUAGACUCCCUCUCUCUCACUCACUCCAAAGCUUAUGCUUAUAUACCUGAAGGCACAAGAAUUGUCGAUGUGUAUCGCGGGCAUACUAUAAUAUAGUCCCCGCGCGCGCGGAGGUGGCUGCAUCAGCGGCGGCGGCACGCGCCUCGUUCGAGUACAUCACAGAAGUCAUUCUUGCGCGGUUCGUCGAAAAGUGCACACACACAACACAUGCAACGUAGUGAUCGGUGGUGGCUGCGGCGCCUAUCGUUCAACGACGACACAUCGUCAUGGCAUUGAUCCAGGCGCAUCAUCAACGUCCAAAUUCAUCCUAUACCGAUCAUCAGUGCGACGCGACGAUGGUCUUCGCGAAUAAUCAGCAGCAGCAGCAGCAACCUCAGCAGCAGAUGUACACGUCGCCGCCGUACACGCCACCCAAGUAUCAUGGAGAUUUUAUUAACGAUACGACGACGACGACGACGACUACGGCACUGCUGCUGUUGGACGGCGGUAACACGACCGAUUACGCUCAACACAGAUACGACAACAACUAUUCUAGCGAUUACACGCAGAUCAGGAUAUACGAGGAUCAGAGCUCGCAGGAUUAUAACGGGGUGACGACGUCGGCUCAUGCGGCUUUGAUGCACAGAUGCUACGAGACGCCGCCUCAGGAUCCGAUCGGUAACAACAACAACAACAAUAACGUCGAGGAUGACAUGAUUCUGCUCGGAGGCUGCGGCGGCUACGGCGACGAUCGGCAGCAACCACUCGGAACAGGUUGGGACGAUUUGGAACGAGGAGUCAACAUUGCGACAAUCAAAUCAUCGGCAGCGACGGCGAACAGCAGCAACAGGUCGCCGCCGAUGACGUUCUACGAGUCAUCUUGCUCCGGUCCCGAGUACAACUGCAGCAGCAGCGCCAACAGCAGCACCAAUAAUAUUUGCACGACGCCGCCGAGUUCCCGCAAGAGGCGACGCUCAUCCCGUGGAAAUAAUACCGCCGGUGGUGAACUGCCACCCUCGCCGAGCGUACUCAAGCGUCGUCGUCUUGCGGCAAACGCGCGCGAGCGACGCCGCAUGAACGGCCUCAACGACGCGUUCGACAAGCUGCGCAAAGUCGUGCCGGCCCUUGGCGCCGAUCACAAGUUGAGCAAGUUCGAGACUCUGCAGAUGGCACAGACGUACAUAGCGGCCCUCUGCGAUCUGCUCGAGCAGCAUCAUCGCGGCGAGAAUACGUGAUUCGAGACAAUUGGAUUAUUCAUUAAUUAUUUCAUAAUCGUUGCCAUUAAUUCAGUGCCUAUAACAUUUUCAAACUCGUAUUAAUUCGAACGGGAUAUCCUGAUCAGUGUGUGUUCCUAUAAAUUAUAUUCUUAUAAAUACGCGUUUGUAACGUUAAACAAAAAAAAAUACUCAUGAGCUGGCGCGCGCAGUGUUGAGAGAAGUUUGAUUAAGUGACGUUUUUUAUCAGUCAAAGACAAUAUUAAUGUGUUAUGUAUAGAGCAUCGCGAGUGCGCGCGCGAAAAAGAAAACACGAUCAUCCUCGACGACACGACUGUGCCACCUCGUAAACUUUAAUGUAUGUAAUUUAAAAGAAUGUAAUAAUUUCUACGUUGAUAUUAUUAUACCGGCUUCAGCAUCUUAAAUAACCAAAGAAAUUGAAAUGAAAAAUAAAGGGAGCGUAUUUUUUGCAAUAAAUACAGUAUUUAUGUACGAAAAAAAACUUGAGAAAAAAGAAAGAAGUGUGGCUAUAUAUGUCUUGCGUUCAUCUCUCU